AUGCCUCCAAAGGCCAGUGCAACUGGCAAGCACAUGAAGAUCACGAAAAAGUGUCCCUCGCGCAAGAAUGCGAAGGCAAUAAAAAAACCAGGGAAAAAUUCGGGUUUAAACCCAUCUUUAAAUUUGGAUGCAAGCCAGAUUGGUGUCCAUGUCGAACAACCUCAAGGUCCGGCAUCAUACCAGCAACUAAUCUCGUUAAUCGAAUCCGAAGGCAUGGAUGAGGACGAGGACAAGGACGAUGAGAUGGAGGAGGAAGAUGAUAUGGAGGAAGUCGAUAUGGAGGAAGCCGAUGAACAUCUCGCACAACCAGGUCCAUCGCACAACUACUAUUCAUUGUCCAUGCAGCCAGCUCCACCGCCGGACUCCCGGCAGCUCCCUCGACAACAUCUUGGGCAACCAGGCCCGUCACAUGACUACCGCCCACCAUUCAUGCAGCCAGCUCCACCGCCAGACUCCCGGCAGCUCCCUCGACAACAUCUUGGGCAACCAGGCCCGUCGCACGACUACUGCCCACUGUUCAUGCAGCCACCAGCUCCACCGCCAGACUCCCGGCAGCUCCAACAGCAACCAGCCCCUCAUGCUCACACUUAUGGGCUCCCGCAGAUUCCAUUCGCACCAUCGGAACUCGUGUCUCGUGAGGCACAUCAAUUUGAUGUGCCCACACCGACAACCUUCAGGAAUAUCGGAUGCAUGCAAGAGACGCAGAGGGAGGAAGAACAGACACGUUAUCUGGGACGCUUACCCAUCGACCUGCCCGGAAUUCGGAAGGUAUUCGUAUAUGAUCCUCACCGCCCACCCGAAGGCCACUGGGGACAACUGUUCCCAACCAGAGUUAUCAGAGCUACAGGAGACAUCACUGUUACUGCACCACUCCCAUCUCGCAGAGAGUUGCCUCUGGUGUCUACUCCUCCCUCACCUAUCACUAAUUUGCCUGUGGCUGGUUCCAGGCCUGUGGCCAACAGUCCUGCACGCUCCCAUCCCUAUGCUCCCCAACGUCCGACUAACGAGCAAUUCAAGAAAUUGAUGGAAGCCACAAAGUCUAAUAUGCGCUGCAAGGUGUUACUAGAGAAUGCUAUGCCCGAAACGGGCAUCAACACGGCGAUGGCAGAGGCAGCGCUGUCAGCAGCUCGCCAGGACUUCAUGCCUGACGCGGAGGUUCCCAACUAUGAAACUUGUCUUAAGAGCCUCCGAACCCUCACAACAACCAUACGAACAGCCUUCAAAACGAGGGUGCGCCGCGAAGUCCCAGUUCAUUAUGAUCUUAACCGUCCGUUGGACGCAAAUGCGGAGAUCAUGCACAGGAAAGAACGCGUACCGAUACUCAUUGAGAAUCAUGUGUACUUGUUUUUGCACGAAACGAAUGAUCCGGACUCGCUGGCCCCAGUCAACCAUCCUGGCAUACACACCAUCAUCAUUGCAGCUGUGUGGGAAACCGGCUUCCACACAGAGCUUGACAUAGACGACGUGGACACUCUCGAUAAUCUGAUUUCACUCGGCGGCGCUGCAACACAUUCAGUCCUCAUGGAGCAUCUCAGCGGGAGACGUCAGACGGUUGAGUUUUCAGCAUCUUCAUCAUCUGGAGCAGAGUAUCGUUUCAUUCAACAACACAGUCUUGCCAUUUGUAAUGUUCCUGCAGUAUAUCAUGCUUCCAUUUCUUUAAAGAAAGAUUUAGUUGAACGAGGUAUAUCUACUAUCAGUACUGCUAAUAUUUGGGAUGCUCGCUCGCGCAGAAACUUAAAAGACGCUAAGCGGUCGCCUAAAAUCAAACACCGCUCAUCGAGCGCAUCCGACUUUUAG